CUCAUGUAGCCAAUCCUGAGCCAUGCCGCAGCCAGUGAUGAGAUAUUUGGGGCUGAAGUCGGAUCUCAUUCAGCAUCUCUUGAAAUUGGGAGGGAAGAAUCGGAGCUACCGGCACAGUAAACAGACCUGUGUGGUCACGGGCACAAAGCUUGUCAAGGAUCUCGGACGACGAUUUCAUUUCCAGCAGCUGCUGUGCAGCAACGCAGAUCAUCCGGACCUGGAGGGGCUCCAGUACGAUGAACUCCAUUUGGCGGAGCCUCGAGUCUUGAAACGUUUGGCACGAGUGCAUGACUUUGAUGGAUUGAUCGCGACCCUUCCACUUCCCGAGAAGCUCUCUACCUGGAAGGACCUUCAGCCGCGACUCGUGCUGUGUCUGGAAUAUGUGGAGGACCCCCACGUCCUGGGAACGCUGCUGCGGACAGCCAUUGCCUUCCAGUGGCAGGCGGUUUACUUUCUGAAGUAUUGCGCAGAUCCGUGGGACGGGCGGUGCAUACGAUCCUCUCAAGGAGCAUUGUUGGAUUUGCCUUACUGCAAGGGAGAUUUUCAGGAUCUCUUGAAGUUCUGCAAGCAAAAGAGGCUGAUGCUGGUUACCCCACAUCACCGUGGGGAGUCGCUGGAAGACUUGGCGGAUCGGAGAGGCGUCGACCAGAGCGUAGGCUUCGCCUUACUCCUACGGGAAGAAUAUGCUGCGCCCUUCGCUCCACCAAAGGAUGCCGUGAAGAUUCAGGUGCCGGAUCCAUGGGAGAACCAUCCUCUGGAAGAUGGGGAUGCCUUUGACAUGCGAGCAUUGGAUACGGUCAUCCAGGGUGGGAUCCUAAUGCAUCAGCUUGGAGGUAUGCUGAAGUCCUCCGAAGCAACACUGGAUGUGAAAAGGGGUGACUGAUGCAGUGAUAGG